UCGGUGUUGGACCAACUGUGGUGGACGAUGUUGGACCAUCUGUAGUGGACGAUGUUGGUUCAUCUGUUGUGGACGAUGUUGGAUUAUCUGUUGUGGACGAUGUUGGUUCAUCUGUAGUGGACGAUGUUGGAUCAACUGUAGUGGACAAUGUUGGAUCAUCUGUAGUGGACGAUGUUGGAUUAUCUGUGGUGGACGAUGUUGGUUCAUCUGUAGUGGACGAUGUUGGUUCAACUGUAGUGGACGAUGUUGGAUCAUCUGUAGUGGACGAUGUUGGUUCAACUGUAGUGGACGAUGUUGGUUCAUCUGUAGUGGACGAUGUUGGUUCAACUGUAGUGGACGAUGUUGGUUCAUCUGUAGUGGACGAUGUUGGAUCAUCUGUAGUGGACGAUGUUGGUUCAUCUGUUGUGGACGAUGUUGGUUCAACUGUAGUGGACGAUGUUGGAUCAUCUGUAGUGGACGAUGUUGGAUUAUCUGUAGUGGACGUGGUUGGGUCAACUGUAGUGGACGUG